AUGGACCACAAGGACCUUCCAACCCACUCGCAUUUUCUCUCUCUGAACGGGUAUUGUUUGAACCUGGAAGAAAAAACUGCCCUACAAAGCAGUUUGCUGAUUCUCCAAGAAAACAAUCAUUUUCAUACUGUACAUUUCUGGGGAAAAAUUCAGGGUCUUCAAAAUGAUUAUCUCAUCGCAGAAGGAUAUCGCGGCUCCAUGAUGGGAGAAAGAACUAGAUUUUACUCUGUUGAUGGAGGUAUUACCUGGAAUCAAAUGACAUUCGAACUCACUGAAUACGAAAUAAGUUGCAUUGAAACAAUUCGAACCUUGUUUGUUGGAAUCCCUACCCACUCGUAUGUAUUUGAAAAACCAAAAGAAUCAGUGGCCAAAGAGCCCGAGAAAAAACCGGAAGCACAAUCGGAACAAACAGAAAACUCUGAUUCAAAAGGUGACGAAGAUGAACAAUCGAAUGAAGAAAAAGAGGAAGAGGAGAGUCACUCAGAGAAACCUAAACAACCAGUUAAGGACGAAACAUUUACGAUCACAGAAGAAAAAAGGUUAACGUGGACGGUAAAAUCAAUAGACCAAGACGCCAGCGUCGUUCCAAGGGGAGCAUAUGUUGUAAAAAAGGACGAUGACAAGGUCAUUGUUAAAAAUACAACCUUUUCUGGGCUAGACAAAUAUCAGGCAGCAAAGUUGUAUAAUUUUGUACAUUUAAGACUUCCUGUUGAUAAGACCUUGGAGAACAUUGUUGCUCAACAAUUCAUUGACAAGAAUUUAGAUUUUGCAGAUUCAAUCGAUGAUGACAUUCCUUAUGGAUGUUGGACAAUUCAGUAUGAAGAAUUGCUAAAUGUUGUUGUAGUGAGAAGUCUGAUGUGGCCUGGCUAUGUUUUUUAUCAUAGACUUCAAUCUCAAGUGUUUGGAGGAUAUUAUAUCGGAACUGGAUUGAAGAAUGUCGAUUUGUGUUUCAUGAUGCCCUAA